AUGGGUUACGAGUUUUAUCAGAGGCUUAAUGCGCAGCAGAUAGAUACGUAUGGGACAUGCUUUCCUCGUGGCACGCCCUUGGAUCUCAGGUGGUGUCAUCCAUGUGUAGGAUACGUUAAGUGUAAUGUGAAUGCUGAUUGGAGAAAUCCAGAUACGUUGAGUGGGGUAUCUUGGAUUGCUCGUGAUUGCAGGGGUAGGGUUCUAUACCAUGCAAGGGAGGCUUUUACGGAGUCACCGAACAGGAUCGUUGCUGAGCUGCGGUGUAUCUUGUGGGCGAUUCAAAGCUUACGAGAUCUUCGUGUGGGUAAGGUUAUAAUCUCAUCGGAUUGUCAAGCUGCGAUCGCGGCCUUGAAUAACCCGCGGUACUGGCCUCAGUAUCGGCGAUUGCUGGACGAGAUUAGCAGAACUGCUCGAUCAUUAUCAUUUGAAUUUAUCGCUUUUGAGGUGGUGUCUUGUCACUCUAAUACCAUUGCAAGGGACAUUGCGUAUAGUGUUGUGAAGGAUGGUCGUUACAAUUCGUACCUUGCUUCGGAUGGACCGAGUUGGCUUUCGAAUCGAAUACGCAGUGAGGCGCAACCUCGCUAUGUGUUUAGGUUUAUUCCCUAUAGAUAA